CAGAAACGUUAUUUUUUUAAAUGAUCGGUAUUGCGGAAUAUGAAACGCAAAGUUCUAUAAAAUGCUAUCAUAAAUAAAAUGAAGAUUAAAGUAAAAAUAUAAAUUUAUUUAUUAUUUUCAAUAUCAUUAGGAGAAAAAUCAUUUCUUUUCAGAAAUAUGUAAUUUUCAUAAUACUGAAAGAGUUUUCAACUGAGACUAUUGUGGAUUCAUAUUUAGUGAAUUAAAAAAUAAAUAAUAAAAAUGCAACGAACAAAUUUACCUAUUGUAUCAAUGCAAUUAGAUUCUUCUAUUGCGAUAAAAAUAAGUAUGGGUGGAUCAAUGUUUCAAGAAAGGACAUUAAUGGGUCGUUCAGAUGUGUGGCACAAAAUUAAAAUUUUAAAAGGAACUGAAUAUGAUAAAGAAACAGUAUUAAAAGCUAUAUUAAAUGCUAUUGAACCAGCAGAAUUGAUCCCUGUGAAAUAUCAAAUCAAUGGAGAAGAUACUUUCUUUUUGGCUCGUAAUUGUGCUCAUGCUCUUGACAAACUAUGUAAAACUAAUUUAAUAAUCAAAAAUCCAGAAGGAGAUCCACUGAUCUUAAUUGUUACUUUAGGAUUUGCAUCCAUUCAUGAUCUGAAAAUUAAUCUUCAACCUUUACUUCUGACUGCUUUGACCAAAAAAUAUGAUCCUAAUAAAAAAACUCUGGAUCUGGAAGAAUUUCAUAAAGAUCCUGACAUGUCUAAAAUUGCUUAUUGUCCGUUAUCCCAACAGAGAACUUUUAAUCAUGUUUUAAAAUUAACAAAGACUGCAAUUGCCACAGUAGAACACUUAAAUCUUCAGAAAAAUGAAUUGUUCAAUUUAACUCCUAUAGAAACUUCUAGUUUGACUUCCAUAAAAUAUUUGGAUUUGAGACAUAAUAAUUUAAUUGCUAUGGAAGCACUUACCCCUUUAAAAAAUCUCUGCAUACUGAAAUUAUGGCUAGAUGGAAAUCCUUUGUGUGAAAAUUAUUGUACUUCAAAGCAAUAUAUAGAUUCUGCAAUGAAAUACUGUCCUAAUUUAAUUCAAUUGGAUGGAGUUUAUAUUAAAACAUAUGGCUUACCAUUGACAUAUAUUAAUUACUUUAAAAAUGAAUCCAGAGAAGAAUUAGUUAGCAAAUUUAUUAACCAUUUUUUCAAUCUAUAUGAUCAAAGUGAUAGAACAAUUUUAAGAGGAUUAUAUUAUAAAAAUGCAUUUUAUUCUAUGAGCUUUGGAAUUCCAUCAUCUAUGGCUCAUAAAAAAAAUUUAGUUCAAUUUACAGCAAAUAGAAAUUUAUUAAAAACUGCAGACCUAAAUAAGAAACGACAACAUCUUUAUUAUGGACAGGAUAAUAUUUUAGGUGGUUUAAAAAGAUUACCACGAUCCUAUCAUGAUAGAAAAUCUUUUGUAUGCGACUUGAUAUUCGACGAUAACAAAUGUUUAGUAAUCUCGAUUUGUGGAUUAUUUAAAACUAUGAAUAAUUCGUCACAAGUUCUAUGGUUUAAUAGAACGUUCAUUCUCCAAGCUGGCCCUGAUCAUGAAUACAAUAUCAUAAAUGAUCAAUACUAUGUAAAUGCUACUACAGAAGAAAUAUCACCAAAUAGUAUAGAAACAAAAAUUUCUUACGACGAAAUCGUACCAUCUUGCUUUAGCUCGAGUGAGAAAAAAGAAUUAUUGAAUAAAUUUACAGAAAUAACUUCAUUAAACAAAGAUUGGUGUCAAACAUAUUUAGAAGAAGCUAAAUGGAAUAUAAGAAAAGCGAUUUCAAAUUUUAUGAAGGAUUAUAAAUCUUCGGCUAUUCCUGCUGAAGCAUUUUCAAGAUAGUAUUGUUUUUUAGGUUAAUAAUGAAACUGUAAAUAUAGAAAAUAUAUUAACUUA